CUCGACUUUAUUCUCAUUGAGCUGUGACUGAACUGCUCAGAUACAGCGGCGUUAAGAGUACUCCUUCGCUGAGGUUUCUCCGAUUUCCAAGGCUUCUGGACCUGGCCGUGAACUCCGUGCCGAAGAUAGCUUAACUUGACUCAAUACAAAGCAGCUAGGACCGAAGAGGUAGAAGUCUGUUGACGCUCUGCUUCAUAUGAUGUCCUUGACCAGGGAUGCACGUCUUCAACAGCUUCUUCAGGGCAACGGGACCUCCUUGCUCGAACGUGCAUCCGCUUCGAUUGCUGUCAUUUGACCCGAUCAAGUAAACAUGCGUCGAGAAACCCGUUUAUUCUUGGCAUACUUACGUUUGGCGGGUUCUUUAGGUCACUUGGUUCAACCGUGCACAUGGCGGACUCGACGGACGAUGUGUUCCGCAAGAUGAUGUGUCCCUAUCAUACUCAUUGUUACAUCGCUACCUUUCGGUGACGACGUGGACCGUUGAUAUGGACCCGUGUCUUGUUUGUUCUCGUGGAUGAUUUUCGCACGUGCGUGUCGGGUAGAUAUGCUUUAAAGAGAGAACGGUGGCAUCGAAAUUCCGCGGAGGCUCUGCAACCAACAACGCCGCAAUGACUCGUUCGGGCAUCUUGCGUCUCAGCUGUUUGCUGUUGGUGAUUACAUCUGUCCUUGCACAAGUGAAAAUCCUGCAAUCAAAUGAUGAUGGUUGGGCGGUUGCCAACAUCCGAGCACAGAACACCGCUCUGGUUGCCGCCGGCUUCAAUGUAGUCCUUUCUGCGCCUGCGGAAAACGAGUCUGGUACUGGCUCUUCAGAUGCCGAGCCGGAGCCAUUGGGAUCUUCUGGGUGUGAGUUUAGUAGCUGUCCACCCAAUUCUCCCGCGACGGGUUCUGAUCCCAAUAAUCCCCGACUCAACUAUGUCAAUUCUUUCCCGGUCACCUCAGUUCGUUUCGGAAUACAAACUGCGGCUCCACCUUUCUUUGGCGGUACGGGACCUGAUCUCGUCGUAUCGGGACCGAAUGUAGGAAAUAACCUAGGCACAGUUGUAUUGGGCUCAGGAACUGUAGGUGCAGCAUGUGAAGCUGCGAAGGAAGGCUUUCCUUCUGUUGCCCUUUCUGGCGCUGGCGGAUCACAAGUUUCUUUCGAAACUCUUUCAACACCUUCAGCAUCGACGACGACCGCAAAUGUCUUUGCUUCUCUCGGAGUUAAAGUAGUGCAAGCGCUUCUUGCAGAUUGUUCCACUCCGAUUCUGCCGAGGGGUAUCACACUGAACAUAAACUACCCGGCCGCCACCGGAUCCUGCACCGAUCCCGAUGCAUUCAACUUUGUUUUAACGCGCAUCAACUCAGCGAGCGCUGGCACGCCAGCCGACGUCACCACGUGCGGGUCCGAUAGAUUGCCGACGGAAAACAGCGUCGUACAACAAUCAGGUUGUUUUGUAAGUGUCAGUGUAAUGAACGCGACAACAAAAGGAGACGUAGAUGCCUCAACGCAGGCAGUUGUGCUGAACAGACUUGAGGCGUUCCUUAGCUGUGCAUAAAAUGAUGGUGCGAAGUGAUUUAUAUGCGUUAUAUUGUCCAUCAAUGCUGCGUGUCCUAGUAGAAGCUGUUCUAAUCACUAUAGGUGACUCGAAAUCAUCAACAGGUCAAAGUUAUUCUAGGUGCUCCUGUGAGCUUGCAAGCCUAACAAGGGGAUCAAAUUCAAUUGAGAUCGCUUCCGGGUGCUAUUUUGUUCACAAGUCAAGCCGCGCAUGUACAGCAUGGCGUGCCUAAGAAGGAACCAAUACGGUAACUACGUUCAAUAUGACGUUACUGUAUCUCUCUUCUCAGCCUUUCUCAACGUGCGAGCGAGCAGGCAGUUCAUCGCCACGCUCCCGCGGCCGGUUUGUUUCCGCUGAAUAUGAGUAUAAAACAGCGAAUGCGGAAGGUUUAUUCCUUAUUCGUUUCAGAAUAACCCCUUCAAGCUCGCUUCGCGCCACGACCCAUUCCCGACGUUCGCGAGAUCGGCAGGACGGCUUUUCGUUGGAGAAAGUGGGAGAUUGAGAUAUAAGGCCGCUUUCUCUGUCUUGCUAUCCGCGAAGUGGAUUUAGUGCCCGCCC